AUGAUCCCCACAACUACAUUGAUGACCACACUAACACCUUCAACUGACACAACAACCGUAGCUGUGUCAGUGUUCACCAUCGCGCCACCAACGUCAUCACUCGCUGCUGCAUCAAUGCUAGUGACUACACCAACUUCUGCACCUGUGCCUAUGCCUACAUCUUCAUCCACAUCCACGUCCACGUCCACGCCAGCAAUCGUUUUAGUGCCCAUGAUUGCACUGGCACCGACACCCAUGUCUGCGCCAGCCGCAACAGUCACAGCAAUGCCCCCGACCCCGCAAACACCUGCGACUAUGCAGGCAUCAACAAUGGUACCGACGCCUCCAAGUGAAUCAUCGCCAGCAACCACACCGGUGCCUAGCACAAUCACGCCGACCCUCACAAGCAUGCCAAUGCUGACGACUCUUGCUGGUGUGUCCCCCAUGCCUACCAGUGCUCCAAACAGCAGCACUCAGGAUCAGAACGCAAGCAAUCAUGGCACUUGGAGGAAGGCCGCACCCUUCUGCCCCGUGCCCACCGCGUCCGUCUCCCACUGUAACACCACGCAGAAUGCCCGCCAGGCCCGCCCUUUCCCCUCCUUAUCCGCGGCGCUCGCUACUAUCUGUGCAUUCCACCGCGGGCCGAGCGGGACCUCCUUGACAAUCGCGCCAUAUAUCUGUGGCGCCGCAAUGGGUGCAGGGUACUCGGUGCUCGAGAGCGACGGCGAGGCUGCACAGAUCGGGAUGAGCAGAUCUGUCUCGGACGCCUGCUCCCCCACGUCACCGUCACCCUCCCCCUGCUCUUCCUGGAUGCGCACGGUGAACAACUGUGCUCGGGACUGGCAGCACCUAAUGGUACCCAGGCGGCAUUUGAGAAGCAUUGGAAGGGCUUGUCACCAGAAUGCAGAUUGGCAUACAAGCAUUCAUAAACACACUGCGAGCAUCAAUGUUAGUAGUUGGGCCCCUUGA